GUGAAAACACAUUGCGAGGGUUUCUACUUUUGAUGAGUUUUGGACACUCAUAACGGCGGCUGUCCAGCUCCAAGAUCAGUCCAGAGCUUUGCAAUCUAACCAUAAAACAUCGAAUGAUGGGUUCUCAUUUAACAGUGAAGGUGCGGAUGCUCGUCUUUUAUAUGCUGACCUUCUUCACCUGCAACGCAGCCUGCCCCAGCGUUUGCACGUGCUUCAUCAAAGGCAACGUCAUUUGCAACAAUAGCGCCAUCACCGAUAUGCCGAAACAACUGCCAUUGCACACGUACACACUGAAGCUAUCCAGCACAAGCAUGCACGUCAUCAAUGAGGGAAGCCUGGAGAAUAAGACAUUUCUGACACGUUUUAGUCUCAUUAUUAGCCACCUCCACGAUGUCCAUCCCCGGGCUUUCCACGCCGCACCGCAGCUGAAGUCCAUCCAGCUGUCAUUCAAUGAUCUCUCCUCACUUCCUGAAAGAGUUUUUAGGCCACUUAUUACUUUGGAGCAGCUCCAUUUAAAUAGGAACCAACUGGAGAGCAUUCCUGCCCGCAUGUUUGAAGGACUUGUUGCAUUGCAGGAUCUAGACUUGAGUUACAACAAAUUAUCCAGUGUUGCUUCAGGAGUUUUCACUGGACUGACGAACCUUGUGAUAUUGAACAUUGGCAGUAACUACUUCAAAACGCUUCCACCAGCUAGCUUUCGCUCAUUGAUCAAACUUAACUUGCUCAACCUUCAUAAAAACCAAUUAGAGAGGUUAGAACCUGGGAUCUUUGACGGACUAGUCAACCUUGAGUAUCUACUUAUCUACAACAACAAGAUAGCCACUAUUCCCCCCAAGGUGUUCUGGCCACUGAGGAAGUUGAAGAAUCUCACCUUGUCUUCAAACCGACUUCAAUUUGUACCUGAGAGGAGUUUCUAUAACAUGCCCAAGCUGAUGAAGCUAACCCUUUACAAGAACCCACUCUUAGAACUCCCAGAUGAACUGAUGGGACACAUGCCUGAGAUGCCAGGAUUUUACUUGCACGACACAAACCUCAUCACAUUGCCUGGAAAUCUGUUUGCCAACAUGUCAAGGCUGCAGGUCCUCAAACUGCAUUUUAAUGACAGGCUACGUGAGUUGCCGCCGGAUCUGUUCUGCUGUCUUCCUGAACUGAAAAUCCUCUCGCUGAAAUCCAACAACCUCCAGCAGCUGCAUCCACAGCUCUUUUCCAGGCUAACUAAAUUGAACAUGUUACUCCUCAAUAACAAUAGCCUCAAGAACCUACCUCAAAACAUAUUUGAGGACCUUGGACAACUUGCACAUCUGGAUUUGACAGAAAACCAUCUCAAGAACCUUCCAAAAGAUAUUUUCAAGUCCAAUACUCUUUUAACGGUUGUUUUGCGUUCCAACCCGUGGGACUGCACCUGCGGCAUCAAAGGUUUUGCAAUGUGGAUAAGAAAAAACAAGCAUGCCGUUCUUGAUCAUGAAAAUGUGACAUGUCACAGUCCAAAGCACCGAAUAUUCCGCACCCUUCAUUCUCUAAAUGAUAAGGAGUUGAACACUUGCCACAUUACCGUUACUCCGUGUUGCACUCAGACACAGGAACACACUACGACGUCGUCAUCCACGACAAAACCUCCAGCUCUGGAAGAGGCUGUCUUACACCAACCUCGACCCAGUCUCAGACCAGAUGAGACUUCCUCCACUUACGACAUUUCAGCACCCUUUUACGAUGUGCUGGUAAUCGAACAGGGAAUCGAAUUCGUCCACCACAACUAUCACAAUGCUUGGGUGUAUGUGUGGUUUUUGCCCUCCAAUUCAGCCUUCACAGGCAUCCUCAUGUUUUCCCACAUUCUUCUUGUGGCAACAGACAUGAUACUCGUUCUUUGUACCAUGUAUGGCAUGUAUCUUCUUAGCAAGCGGGUGGAGGAGAUAAAGGCACAAUUUUGAAGGAUGACAUGUUGUCAAGUGUUGUGCAUAAGAAAUGGCGUCACAGGAUUUAUUAAUUCUAUGUGCUUUAUUGACUUUUUAAAAUGCUGUAGCUUCAAACAAACACUGCAGUGAUAAACGUGCACAUUUCCUUGUGUUUGCAAAGCCUCACAUUUUUAUGCAAUAGAACUUUUUCACAUAGCUGAAAAAGGAUCGAGCUUUCCGAAACCUUUUGUAAUGUAAAGUAAACUCAUUGUUACCUGGGAUGUUUAACUAUUUCAUUUUGAAUCUCGUGUUUUUACUACUGAAUAACACCAGAUGAAUUUUUGAGAGGAGAUACACUGUUCUUUCCAAUAAAAACAUUUUUCUGUCUGUUAACUUUAACGUUGCCUGAAAUGAUUGUGUACCAAAUUGUCCUUUAGGUAAGUAUAGUAUAGUACAUUAGGUAUGUUUUGCUUCAACUCCU